CCGUCAUUUUCCUACUCGCGCCCUCUGACAUCAGCCACCUUCUCUGUAGCUACAGUUUCUCUGCACUCAGAUAUUAAUCCCUGGAGGUGAAAAAUGAGCCUCUCCCCCACCCUUGCUGCCGCCUUUCGCCUCACGCCCCCAGAGAAGAGUUUCUUCGCGAGGCAGCGGGUGAAGGUUUUUUUCCAAGUCACAUGAUCCAGGAUGCAGGGGAGAAUCCUUCUUGGAACAGAGAUGGGCCCAGAACCGAAUCAGAUGAGGAGAGAUAAGGUGUGAUGUGGGGGAGACUAUAUAAGAAUGGACCCAGGGCUGCGGCAAGCACUCAGCCGAGUGGCCCCUUCUCAAGACACAGCCAUGCAUGUGCCAGGAGGCUCGGUCGCCAGCCACUUGGGAACCACCAGCCGCAGCUAUUUCUAUUUCACCACGGCGACGCUGGCUCUGUGCCUCGUCUUUGCGGUGGCAACCAUUAUGGUGUUGGUAGUUCAGAAAACGGACUCCAUUCCCAACCCACCGGGCAAAUUCCCCCUUAAAGGAGGAAAUUGCUCGGAGGACAUCUUAUGUAUCCUAGAGAAAGCUCCGUUCAAGAAGUCAUGGGCCUACCUCCAAGUGUCAAAGCAUAUAAACAAAACCAAGUUGUCUUGGAACAAAGAUGGCAUUGUCCAUGGAGUCAGAUACCAGGAUGGGAAUCUGGUGAUCCAGUUCCCAGGUUGGUACUUCAUCAUUUGCCAACUGCAGUUUCUCGUAAAAUGCCCAGAACAUUCUGUCGACCUAAAGUUGGAACUUCUCAUCAACAAAGAUGUCAAAAAGCAGACACUGGUGACAGUGUGUGAGUCUGGAGCACAAACCAAAAACAUAUACCAGAAUCUCUCUCAGUUCUUGCUGGAGCACCUCCAGGUCAACAGCACUAUAUCAGUCAAGGUGGACAAAUUCCAGUAUGUGGAUACAAACACCUUUCCUCUUGAGAAUGUGCUGUCCAUCUUCUUAUACAGUGGUUCGGACUGAACCAUUUCUCCUGGCCUUCAGGAAGAAAGAAGCUCUCUACCAUAUAGUACUUCCUCCAUCCAAACACUUGGGCAAACAGCAAACUUUAGACCAAGACUGAAACCACAAAGCGUAUUAAAUAGUAUGCUUCUCCUUCUGUCUCUUGGGAAGAUACAGUUCCAGGGUCAACACUCUGUUUCGAGUGAUGUAUCUUUCAGAUAGAAGGCAGGGAAGCAAUAUGUGGUGGACAGAGUCCCACAAGGGAAUCAGAGGGAUGGAUUUACGCCCCAGCCCAACCACUAACUCAUUGUAUGACCUGGAGCUAUCCCUUUCCCCUCCCUGGAACUCAGGAUCCACAUCAGAAAAAUGAAGGGGCUGGAUUUGAAUUUCUCCAAAGUUUCUUCCAUCUCAGAAGACCAG